AUGUCUCAUAAACGCCAUUAUGAUAUCUCCAUGUCAAAGAGAACAAGAAAGCCAGCCAAAAUCCAAGAUGAGAUUCAAACGGGAACAUCGAACAAUGACGAUCAAUACGAGAGGUUUGGCACAAAAGGGUUCGAGAACAACGACCAUAAAAGCUUAAAACAGCUCAUCAAUGGGGAAGGGAAAGCGGAAAUAGGGUCGGACGAGAGGAACGGAGAAAGGAACUCGCUCGGGAAACACUUUAGUGAGGAAGAGAUCAACGCUCUUCAAAUUGUGAAGAAACAACAUGAAGAUGGACUACAAGGAGUGAAGCUGAAAAAAAUGGUCGGAAAAUUUUUGAGAAAUUUGAUCAAAGGUGGUGGUGAUCGACACCAGCUGAUGAAGAUGGCAAUUAGAAAAAAAUCUUUCCCCUAA